AUGUCGUUGAACGGGUUGGAUGACCCGCAAGUAGCGACAGCCUUCGCAGCUGCUGCUGCCGAAGCGGGAGGAUGGUUUCUUCUCAAGUACGCCAGUCGCGACGAAGUCGAGAUCCUCAGCCACGGCACCGGUGGCAUUGGCGAGAUGCGCAACGCCAUCGCCGAGUAUGAGGACUCGAGUCCCUUGUAUGGGUACUUGAAGUAUCGCAGGAGGAACGUCUUGAUCAAAUAUCUUCCAGAGGAUUGUUCAAGACUCAUACAAGCGCGUGUUGCCGUUCACUUCAACGCGGUUUGCGAGAGAUUUGCACCCUACGAUUCACAGUUCGACAUUACAGCAGCAGACGAGCUACGCGAUACGAAGCUUUCAGCAGCCUGCUCCCUGCACGCCGCAUCGGGCUCCAACUCCAGUUCCGGCUCUCUAAGGAAAAAGCAUCUGAUGGAAAUUGUCGAGGAAGACGAGGAGGAACUACAGCCGCCAUCAGCCAAGCGCCAGUCACUCGUCAAGGACAAGGGCGACAAUGAGAAGCACAAGCCCGAAGAACCGCCAGUCACCUUGAACUCAGACCUCGCCGAUACACAAUUUUCAGCCGAAGCAACCUCAGAAGUGCCCAACUUCGUGGGCACAACCGAUGAACCCUCAGCUGACCCUGAGCCUAGUCGUCGCAUGUCAUCACAAUCAGGUCGAACCGACGUCUACACUUCUUACUCGGCCUACUCCUCGUACAGCACCAAGCCCAAAGUGAAGCUUGGCCCCCGUCCUUCCCUCGAAACCAGUACGCGACCCCAGACCGCAGGCAACUUCAGGCCAGUAUCGUCAAUACCAGCCGGCUUCAAGUUAUUCGGCAAGGGCUCAACCAGUUCAAAGAAGUCUGGGAGAAAAGAUUCGGUUGAGAGUGCCAACGACAGUCUGAUCGAGUCACCACUGAGUGAGGCUACGGACACAUCUGUCACCACACUCCCCAUCCCUGAGGAGCCAUCGGCAAUGAAGACACCGACCGAUAACGCGAGACCUGCCACAAGCUCUGGUGCUAGUUUCAAGAGCAGCAUGACAAGUUCCAGCAAGCCGGCGAUGACGCCUGAGAAGGCGAGGCUGAAGAAAGCAAUGCAAAUGCGCGAAAGGAAGAGGAAGGCCGCUGGAAAAGCGUCCGAAGUGCCUGAUGUGCCUGAGGUGCCAGUGAUAACUACUACAGAGGUCACACAUGGACAACCGAGUGAACAGACGAGCGAGCUGGAACAAGGCCCGAUACCAAUGGCCAAGGCGGAUUCUGGGGUCGCAAUCGACGUGUCUCCUGCGUCCACCAAGGAUUCGAUGUUGACGCAAGAUUCUUCGAGGCCUGCCAGCCCCGCAGAGACUCAGCAAUCCACGAAAGCUUCGUCGAUAGACGAGUCCGGCGAAUCCGAGGGCGCGAAAGCGCUCGAAGCUGAAUCCCUCUCAGCCACUUCCACACCAAUCACGGACAGGACUGUCCAAGAGGACGAGGGAUCGCACGGGGAGGAAGCGCAUGUAAACGGGAACGGAGCCGCGAGCUCACCUGCAGAAGCCAGAUCGGCAACCUCGGAAGAUACUGCGACUCAGCUCAAUGAUUCGACAGCGCAGACUGUAGCUACAUCUGUUGACGAUCAAGAAUGCUGCAGCGAGAGCGUGGUCGCCGCAUCGGCCAACGAUGUGGACGGCAGCAUUCCAUCGCACGAGACCACGGGGGCCUCAACAUCUACACUCACCCAGGCAGCACACACCGACGACAUGCUCGCUCACGGGCAUGAGAAGGCUACAGUAGAAGAUAGGGAUCACAGGAUUCAGCAAGAUAUAGCUGGCAAGGUGCCGGCAGCUAUUGAGACCCCUGGAACGGACGAUGAUGCCAAGCUGAACGACCAGGUCAGCGACACCGAAACGAUCUCACCCCCUCUGCAACCAUCUCGCCGCCGUCCAGUCGAACCUAUUCGCACAGACCUUGCCCAGCACAGUCGACCUACAUCGCAGGCCUUCUCCGUCGAGGAUGAUGAAAGUCUGCUAGAUGAGAUCCACAGCGCCACCGUCGAAGAGGCCAAGCCCAUGUUCGUCGCCAAGACUCCUGUCACUCCCGUCUUCCCCGGCAAGCUCACUUUCAAUGGCGGAGCCGCCGCGCCUGCGUCGGCCACAGCGCCGAGUUUCACCGGCAAACCAACAAUGGUGCGAACAGUAUCCAACCCGGUUCGAGGCAACCUUGUCGCGCCUCCUUCAGAUGUGAGCCAGUCCUCCAUGCGCUCACUUAGUCACGGCGCAGCCUACUUACAUCAAAUUACCCAGCAGCGCAACGGCGACAACUUGUCAAAGAAGGGAGGCAACUUGGGCUCGAGUAUUUCGCAGAGAAUCAAGGCUCUCGAGCUCUUGUCUGUCCACGAGGGCACAGCAGCAGCGCCGGGAUCGAGACCGUCAUCCACCUUCUUUCAAGUGAACAAAGAUCGUGUACCGUCGAGAUCACCCUCUGUAGUGGACAGGACAAAUUCGCUCAGGGACGUAAGGCCUUCAACGGCACAAUCACGCGACAAUUCCCCAGACUUGCGGUUCCAUCGCGAACGAUCGGGGUCAAUUUCCAGCCGACUGUCCAAGUUUGAACCCACAGGCUCCCCGGGCAACCAACCUCGCGGGCGGCCAGAGACAGUCUCCGUGACAGCUAAAAUCGUCAGGGACUCUCCUUCACAGUCACAGACCCCCGAGGGACACCUCGACCUGAAGCAAUCGCCUUUGCUUGUCGAUCACCAGCGAGCGCCGGACACGCCAGAUGUGACCGUCGAGCCCCCUGCGCCUGAGCCAAGCCCAGAGCGCCAGGCAGCUGAUAUGCCGGAUCCGCGCCGCUCGUCGUUCAGCAUCAUGCGGGACUUUAUCAAGGAUGGUCGCAAGAACCUCACGUCGCCAUCCACCGACAACGUUUCCUCCGCCAAUGGCGCGGGUCCCCGGUCUCCCGGGCGUCCGGCUCUGUCUACUCAGCACAGCAGCUCUUCUUCGAUUGCAAACCGACUUUCCAUCUCUUCACGACGAUCCCUAAGUAAAGACCGCGACGGCAUGUCGUCUAUCCUUAGUGACGAUGAGUCUGUAACCAGUGAGAAGAAGGCUUCUCGGGCUAGCCGCAUCAUGCGCCGUCUGUCCUCCCUGUCUGGGACGAGCAAGAACAAGGCCAGCUCGCCAAUGGGGACACCCAUGACUGUCACGGAGGAGAAGUUCCCCUCUGCAACCGCCAGUGACGAGGGCCCCGGCAUCGCUUCCUACAUGGGCGAUGUCAACGUCCAGUUCCCCGACACACUUUUGUGGAAGCGCCGCAACAUGUACCUCGACACGCAGGGCUACGUCGUCCUCUCCACAGCGCCGCAGCAAAGCCAACGUCCCACGACUGCCGGGGCAGGCGUCAAACGCUACCACCUAGGUGAAUUCCGCACACCGUACGCCCCAGAUGUCGAGGUGCAAGAGCUGCCCAAUAGCGUUGUGCUGGAUCUUGUCGAGGGCAGCAGCGUACAGGUCGCCUGCGAGGACCGCGCUGGUCAGAUGAACGUGCUGCAGAUCUUGCAAGAUGCCCAUGCCGCAUACGCUGGUCAAUAA